UACAUUCAUUUGAUGUAUAGUAGUGCCCAGAGAUCUAGCGAUUUCAAAGAUCAGGGACAUGCUAUGAAAAUUGAAACCAAAAUUCCUAUGGACGUACAAGAAAAGGGUAUAGUGAAAUGGAAACAGGAAAUGAAAUAAUGCAACUGAUCAAAGAAUCGGAACUCGGCACUUGGAUUGGUUUGGAUGACAUUCAACAAGAAGGCAAGUUUGUUUGGAAAGACGGGGUCACUUCAACUAAAAAUAAUACUUAUUGGGACAAGAAUCAACCGGACAACUAUGGGAACGAGGAUUGCGUACAUUUACGACGAAACGCUCCAUGGAACCUAAAUGACUUUCCUUGUUCCACACGCCUGCAGUUUUUCUGCGAAAAGUGAAACGAGAAUAUCGGUCAGAGACCGAAGACUUAUCGAUCGAAAGUUAGGGGAUUCCCAAAACAGCGCUCUUACUCCAUAGUGACACCUUGUGUCCCAUCACUAAUUAAUUAAUAGC